AUGCCAGCAAACAUGACAAUGUUAGCGGACCAUCCAGCCCGGCAACUGCUGGACUUCAGCCAGAAGUUGGAUAUCAAUCUACUUGACAACGUGGUGAACUCCAUGUAUUAUGAUGUGGGAUCCCAGCAACGGUUGGCGCAGGAAGUUCUCACUAAUCUUAAGGAUCACCCUGAUGCCUGGACAAGAGUCGACACCAUCCUGGAGUUCUCACAGAAUAUGAAGACCAAAUACUAUGCGCUUCAGAUCCUUGAAACUGUAAUCAAAACACGCUGGAAAAUUCUACCGAGAAACCAGUGUGAAGGAAUUAAGAAGUAUGUUGUUGGGCUGAUAAUAAAGACUUCCUCUGAUCCUUCAGUCAUUGAGAAGGAGGGAGUUUACAUUGCAAAGCUGAACAUGAUUCUGGUGCAGAUCCUGAAACAGGAAUGGCCCAAGCACUGGCCCACGUUCAUCAGUGAUAUAGUGGGAGCCAGCCGCACCAGCGAGAGCCUGUGUCAGAACAACAUGGUUAUCCUGAAGCUCCUCAGUGAGGAGGUGUUUGACUUUUCCAGCGGCCAGAUGACCCAGGUGAAAGCCAAACACCUGAAGGACAGCAUGUGCAAUGAAUUUUCUCAGAUCUUUCAGCUUUGCCAGUUUGUCAUGGAAAAUUCCCAGAAUGCCCCUUUGGUCCAUGCCACUCUGGAAACGCUUCUGCGUUUUCUGAAUUGGAUUCCCCUGGGCUACAUUUUCGAGACCAAACUCAUUAGUACUCUGGUGUACAAGUUCCUGAACGUUCCGAUGUUUCGUAAUGUCACUCUGAAGUGUCUGACAGAGAUCGCUGGCGUGAGCGUCAGCCAGUACGAGGAGCAGUUUGUCAGUCUCUUCACUCUUACCAUGAUGCAGCUAAAACAGAUGCUCCCGUUGAACACAAACAUCCGGCUGGCGUACGCUAACGGAAAGGACGACGAGCAGAAUUUCAUCCAGAAUCUCAGCCUGUUCCUCUGCACCUUCCUCAAGGAACACGGGCAGCUCAUCGAGAAGAGGCUCAACCUCAGAGAAACCCUGAUGGAGGCUCUGCACUACAUGCUGUUGGUGUCUGAGGUGGAGGAGACGGAGAUUUUCAAGAUUUGCCUGGAGUAUUGGAACCACCUGGCCGCUGAGCUCUACAGAGAGAGUCCCUUCUCCACCUCCACUUCGCCGCUUCUCUCCGGCAGCCAGCACUUUGACGUGCCUCCCAGAAGACACCUCUAUCUGCCUGUUCUCUCCAAGGUGCGUCUACUGAUGGUGAGCCGCAUGGCUAAACCAGAGGAGGUGCUGGUGGUGGAGAACGACCAGGGGGAGGUGGUCAGGGAGUUCAUGAAGGACACCGACUCCAUCAACCUCUAUAAGAACAUGAGGGAGACGCUCGUGUACCUGACCCAUCUGGACUAUGCAGAUACAGAGCGUAUAAUGACAGAAAAACUGCACAAUCAGGUGAAUGGGACAGAGUGGUCCUGGAGAAACCUCAACACACUGUGCUGGGCCAUCGGCUCCAUCAGCGGAGCCAUGCACGAGGAGGACGAGAAGAGGUUCCUGGUCACGGUCAUUAAGGACUUGCUGGGUCUGUGUGAGCAGAAGAGAGGAAAGGACAACAAGGCCAUCAUCGCCUCUAACAUCAUGUACAUUGUUGGCCAGUACCCACGAUUCCUCAGGGCCCACUGGAAGUUUCUCAAGACUGUUGUCAACAAACUCUUUGAGUUUAUGCAUGAGACUCACGAUGGGGUUCAGGACAUGGCGUGUGACACCUUCAUUAAGAUUGCUCAGAAAUGCAGAAGGCAUUUUGUGCAGGUGCAGGUUGGAGAGGUUAUGCCUUUCAUCGACGAGAUCCUCAACAACAUCAACACCAUCAUCUGUGACCUGCAGCCGCAGCAGGUGCACACAUUCUACGAGGCGGUGGGUUAUAUGAUUGGAGCUCAGACAGACCAGGCAGUGCAGGAACACCUUAUAGAGAAAUACAUGCUGUUGCCCAAUCAGGUGUGGGACAGCAUCAUCCAACAGGCUACCAAGAACGUGGACAUCUUGAAGGACCCAGAGACAGUGAGGCAGCUGGGCAGUAUUCUGAAGACCAACGUCAGGGCCUGUAAGGCAGUGGGCCAUCCCUUCGUGGUCCAGCUGGGCCGCAUUUACCUGGACAUGCUCAACGUCUACAAGUGCCUGAGUGAGAACAUCUCCUCCGCCAUUCAGACCAACGGAGAGAUGGUGACGAAGCAGCCGUUGAUCAGGAGCAUGCGCACAGUGAAGAGAGAGACGCUGAAACUCAUCUCAGGCUGGGUUAGCCGCUCAAACGACCCACAAAUGGUUGCAGAGAACUUUGUCCCACCCUUGUUGGAGGCAGUUCUGAUUGACUAUCAGCGAAACGUACCGGCUGCUAGGGAACCGGAGGUUCUCAGCACCAUGGCAACCAUUGUCAACAAGCUCGGAGGACAUAUCACAGGAGAAAUCCCCAAGAUUUUCGACGCCGUCUUCGAAUGCACGUUGAACAUGAUCAACAAAGACUUUGAGGAGUUCCCGGAGCACAGGACUAACUUCUUCUACCUGCUGCAGGCAGUCAACUCUCAAUGUUUCCCAGCUUUCCUGUCCAUCCCCCCGGCCCAGUUUAAACUGGUGCUGGACUCCAUCAUCUGGGCCUUCAAACACACCAUGAGGAACGUGGCUGACACAGGUCUGCAGAUUCUCUACACUCUGCUGCAGAACGUGGCACAGGAGGAGGCGGCGGCACAGAGUUUCUAUCAGACGUACUUCUGCGACAUCCUUCAGCAUAUCUUCUCCGUCGUCACGGAUACGUCUCACACGGCCGGUUUGACGAUGCAUGCGUCCAUCUUGGCGUACAUGUUCAACCUUGUUGAGGAAGGCAAAAUAAGCAUAGCGCUAAACACAGGCACCGCCAUGAACAACCAGGGCUACGUGCAGGAAUAUGUGGCCAAUCUCCUCAAAACUGCUUUCCCUCAUCUACAAGAUGCCCAAGUGAAGGUAUUUGUCACAGGACUGUUCAGCUUGAACCAGGACAUUCCUGCGUUUAAAGAGCACCUUAGAGAUUUCCUAGUGCAGAUUAAGGAGUUUGCUGGCGAGGAUUCGGCGGACCUGUUCCUGGAGGAGAGGGAGGCGGCUCUCCGCCAAGCUCAGGAGGAGAAACACAAGCUCCAGAUGUCUGUACCUGGAAUCCUCAACCCUCACGAACUCCCCGAGGAGAUGUGUGACUGAGCAGCCAAUAUCACAACAACAUGUACAGUUUUUCACAAAAGCGCAAAAGAAAAACUUCAAAAAACAAGGAGCAGUUGCAUCUCCUUGAUCAAAAGUGAGAUUGAGAGUGUGUGUAUGUGUGUGAGUGUGUGUGUGUGUGUGGUGUGUACAUUUACCAGUAUGAAGAAGAAAAGGACUCUGAAUUUCGGUUAUUCGUCGACCAAAUCAAUGCCAAUGUGUAAAGGAG